AUGGAACAGCAUAUACGGUGUUUGUCCUUUUCAUCGCCCGACUUAGAGGGGCCUAACUUAUCGGUCAGACAUUUAUCGCCCACAUCUGAGGGCAGAGGUCGCGGACACAAAGGCCAGAGACGGCACUUCACUUCACCCGAGGAGAUAGCGGCCCAACAGAAGGACCCGAACUGGAAGAGGAGAGGGGACGGGGAUGAGGACGAGGAGGACGACGACCCCGAGGGCACCGGUAGCUCAGACGAGUCCAGCGAGGACGAGGGCAACGCCCGGAAGGGGGUGUCGGCGCUCAUUGAGAUCGAGAACCCGAAUCGCGUGCACCGGAAGGCCAACAAAAAUCUGACGCUCGAGAGCGCCGGUGGUUCAUCGACAUCGACGCGUAACGGGCCGGCCAAGGAUGACGGCACUAACGCUGACGGGGAGCCCCUAUCGCGUCGGGAACGGGAGGAACUGGAGAAGCAGAGGGCCCGGGAGGCCUACCAGCGACUGCACGCCCAGGGGAAAACCGACCAGGCGAGGGCUGACUUGGCACGACUGGCCAUUAUUAAGCAGCAGCGCGAGGACGCACAGAAGCGCCGGGAGGCCGACCAAAAGGCCCGGGAGGUCGAGGUUAAGGCCAAGCAGUCGCUCACCAACAAAGCGUUGGGCAAAAAGUGA